UUUCAAAAUGUACAUUUGUUUUUCUGUUUGAAGAAUCCAGAAUUUAAUACUAAUAUAAUGUGAUGAAACGACGAGGUUUCAAGAAUGGCCUGAGACGUGAAGUUCUACAGCUGACCCAGACAAAUUUUAUAAUCUGCUAAGAAAGACCAUUCUAGGAUGCGCUCUCCGAGUCCUCGCAGUUCCUCCUCAAACUCUUUUAUCACCCAGGAAGCCUUGCUGCACAGCCAGUUCACAGGCUGGAGCACUGGCGGGAGCAAUGGGAACAGUGGCGGAUCCGACAGUAGCCCCAGCAGCCCAGGAAGCAGCGUUUCAUUAGCCUUAAGCCCUUCAUCAAGCACUUACGCCCUCACUCUGACCCCCACUCACAUCCACAUACAGAGGAUUUAUCCCCGUCCUGGAAAAGACACCCGUGUCCUGCUGCCCCUCUCUGAGUUGGCGGGGUGUUACUGCCACCGUACACCUUAUCCACCGGUGCUGGUGUUCUACUGGUAUCCAGUGGGACGACGGAGGAAGGGUGUUGCCAAACGAAGGCAGGUGCGCGCUUACCUGGCUGAGAGUCGAGCUGAGGCAGAGAAAUGGAACACAGCCGUGCAAUGUCUGCUGAGAGGAAUAGAGGUCGGUCCUGAUACAGAAUUUAGUAAAAGUAUGAUGCCUCGUCCACGUCGUCUGCUGUUCCUGGUUAAUCCAAUUAGUGGGCGUGGACAAGCCAUGCAGUGGUGUCAAACCCACAUAUUUCCCAUGAUCAGUGAAGCCAACAUCAGCUACAACCUUAUACAGACAGAACGACAGAACCACGCUCGAGAGCUGAUUAGUGACAUUUCCCUGCACGAGUGGGACGGCAUCAUCAUCAUCUCUGGAGACGGAUUACUGCACGAGGUGAUUAAUGGCCUCAUGGACAGACCAGACUGGAAACAAGCAAUAAAAACUCCAGUGGGAAUUUUACCCUGUGGUUCCGGCAACGCGCUUGCUGGCUCUGUUAAUCACUAUGCAGGAUUUGACAUGUGCCUUCGCGAGCCCCUCCUUCUCAACUGUUGCUUCCUGCUUUGCCGGGGUGGAGUCAUACCCAUGGACCUGGUGUCUGUGACGACAAGCCCCUCUCCUUCAUCCAAUCAGAACAGCCAGUCCUCACCUGCUAAGAGACUGUUCUCUUUCCUGUCUGUGGCCUGGGGUUUCGUUUCCGAUGUGGACAUUGAGAGCGAGCGUUACAGAGGGCUGGGCUCAGCUCGCUUCACGCUGGGCACACUGGUGCGCUUAGCAUCUUUACGCUCUUAUAAGGGUCGUCUGUCUUAUUUGCCCCCCAGUGCAUCAAAUUUCUUUCCAGAUGUACCCACACAGAUCCCACAUCGGCCCCUGUCACGCAGCAUUACCGAAGGGCUUGAAGGUUACUGCAGAAUGCCCAUUCAUCGGACCUGCUCAGAUAUGGGCCUCAGUGAACAAAGGAGUCUCCAAAAUGGGGACAGAAAGCGAGAGAAGGAGGAGAGAAAUAAAGAGAGGCAGAGGAGGAGAGGGAGAGCAAGAGGUGGCAGGGUGGUCAGGGCGAGCAGCCUCGCCGAGGACCGGGAGCGAGAGAUGGAGGCGGAGGAGAGGAUGGAGGCAACAUCCGGCUCCAGUUCCGAGUCGAAUAGGCUGGACGAGGAAGUUAAAGAGGAAUACAGAGAAGAGGUAGAUGGGGAAGAAGAGGUGGAGGAACGGAUGGAGGGAACGUCCGGUUCCAGUCCGGAGUCAGACGAAAGGAUAACCGGAAACGUAACGGAAGAAGACGAUGAUGAGACGAGCACAAGCGAGAGGUGGAACGGGACAGAUGAAGCCAGAGACUCCCCAGAGGAGUACGAAAUAGAUGAAGGAAAAGAGGCAGACGAGUGCGAGGAAACUUCGCCGUAUUCUGCAUAUUCAAUGCCAGAUCACCAAAAUAUGCCACGUAAAAACUCUGCCCCUUCCAGCCAGAUUGCUACUGCCUUUUUCAGUCGACCAAUUUCCGCGGAUUCUGAACAGGAACCAGAUCCAACGGAGAAAAACGAGGAGGUUCUUAACGCCACCUUUUUCAAUCGCGAACCAUUUUGUUUGGACCCUUCCCGGGAAAGAGCACUUACCAUUUCCUCUCCUUUUCGCCGUGCACGUGUUACCUCCUACAAACCCAAAACCACUCAGAAACAGAAUCAAAGCUCUUCAAAGCCACGCCCACUUUCCCUCCUGAACCAAUCCCAUUCCAACUCCCUCCCUCCUAAAUUUUCUUCACUUUCCUUGUCUCUCUCGCCGUCACCUCCGUCCUCGCCGUCUAAACUGAGGCCCAGAUCCAGCCUGCCAGGCUCCGGCUCCUCUUCUUCCUUCAGCUUUGACCUUGCCGAGCCCGCCGGACCCUUAAAGCCACGCCCUCCCGAUUCAUCCCCCACAGAUCCGCUCCCUCAGGAUGAUCUCCUGCCGCCUUUGGAUCAGCCGCUGCCUACGCGGGACUGGGUGACCAUCGAGGGAGACUUCGUUUUAGUGCUCGCUAUCUACCAGUCACAUUUAGGUGCGGAUCUGUUAGCAGCACCACAAGCGCGAUUCGAUGACGGGCUCAUCCAUCUGACAUUUGUAAGGGCAGGCAUCUCCAGGGCAACACUGCUCCGGCUCUUUCUGGCGAUGGAAAGGGGAGCACAUCUUUCAGUAACGUCACCGUAUGUCAGCCACGUUCCAGCUCGAGCGUUUCGGCUGCAGCCACUUUCGCCGCGAGGGACGCUAACGGUGGACGGCGAGCUCGUGCCCUAUGGACCCCUGCAGGCUCAGGUCCACCCGUCCAUUGCCCGUCUCAUUGUGGGAGACUCAGGAGUGAAGAUCACCAGAUUCUGACCUGCCGAGGUUUAAAAAAAUGACCAGAUUGUUUGAGACUGACAUAAGACGACACUUUGCUAUUCUGGUUAUGAAAGCAAGAUCAGAGAAUGGAACCAAGCAGUAGCGCUUGCUAGGAUUUAGUAAUGAAGAACCUACUGGAAUUUUGCUGAGCGUGACUGGAUCACCAGCAGAUUACAGAAUAAAAUGACAGUGUGAGACAGUGCUAGAAAAGGGAAAAUGAAGAACAGGAAGCUGUUGAAAUGUAAAACACUGCAGCAAGUGUGAACACUUGAUGAUUUAUCUUGCCUUACUACACACACAGCUGGAGGGGAAUGAAGGGAAGGUCAUUUCCAUUUUCACAAAGUUCUUUCUCCUUCGACAUUUACACUAUAUGGCCAAAAGUAUUUGGACACCUGACCAUGAGCUUAUUGGACAUACCAUUUAAAAAACAAAAAGUGACCUCUAGGCGAUCUAUUUAGCUAUUAACAACAGCCGGUUUACUGAGAUGGCUUCUCAUAAGACUUUUGGAAUUUGUGCCCAUUCAGUCAAAAGAGCACUUGUUUGGCUGGCACUGAUGUUGAUUCUCCAGUUCUUUCCAAAGCUGUUCACUGGAGUUAAGGUCAGGGCUCUGUGCAGGACACUGGAGUUUCUUUAAAUCGAGCUUUUCUUUAUGUCUUUAUAGACUGUGCUUUGUGCACAGGGGCACAGUAAUGUUGGAACAGGAAAGGGCCUUACCUAAACUGAUGCUGCUUAGUUGGAAGCAUAUAAUACUCUUAUAAUAUAUAAUUAUUAUACCUGUUAGCAAUUGUUGUGUCUGGUACACAUGAAUGUAUUAUUAUGAAGGGAUGUCCCGAUACUUGUGUCCAUAUAGUGCAGAGGUCACUAACAGGUGGACCGCGGUCCGGAUCCGGACCCAGAAGCUGUCCCAUACGGACCCGGACCUACAGCCAAAACAGAAAGUUAUUAUUUGAAACCUGAUGGAGCGCUUCUAUUUUAACCGGCGCAGCUUUUGUAGUCUUUACGGUAGCGGUUUAGCGGAUGAGAAAACGCACAGACCAAUCACGUGACACCACUCAGCCAAUCAAGUCUGUGCAUUCCAGCCGGUAAACACUGCGACUCUACAGUGCAGACAGAUGAGAGAGUUAGAGGCGAGUUAUAUGUGGAAAGACGGUGGAAAGAAAAAGAAAGACAGCGAACGUAGAAAAAACGAACGGAGAGAUACAGACGACUGUGCAGGAGAAAGUUGAGAAAAAGACGAGUGAGACAGGAGACAAAUGGCGCUCUCCAAAAAAAGAAACGUGUACAGCGAAAAUACAGCAUUUAAUCCGUGAUGGACUCAAUUCUGUUCUUACUCCCCACUGGAGCACAAUUUAUUUUUAUUUUCUCUUAAUUUGAUAAGAGAAAGGUUUGAUAAGGUGGGGCGGCCCGGGUCCUCUCUGUGUGGAGUUUGCAUGUUCUCCCCGUGUUCGCGUGGGUUUCCUUCGGUGCUCCGGUUUCCUCCCACAGUACAAAGACAUGCAAGUGAGGUGAAUUGGAGACACUAAAUUGUCCAUGACUGUAUUCGAUAUAAACUUGUGACCUGAUGAAUCUUGUGUAAUGAGUAACUACCGUUCCUGUCAUGAUGUAACCAAAGUGUAAAACACGACGUUAAAAUCCUAAUAAACAGACAUCUGAUUUGA